AUGACUUUCGGCUCAAAUGAUGGCUCUCUCAAGAUCGAGGAUGAAUCAACUACUCAUCCCAGAAGCGACACCAAGAUAAAUGGGGCCUCGACAUCACCAAAUAAAAACACCUCAAUUCUCCAUCCAGAUCUAGUGAUCAAAUUGAAAGAAGAGAUUCCCGAACCAGAAAUUCUAGGCUUAAAAGAGGAAUUGCCUGGCUGGCAUGGAUAUGUAGAAUGGGAGCAGUAUCCGGAGAGGAAGAAAAAGGUUCAGGCAUUUAUGAAGAAAUUCGACUUUCCCGGCCCGCCAGAAUUCCAACUUGUACCGCUCCCGAAAACGAAUCCAAUCCUUGAAGGUGUCAGAUGGAAGCAAUAUCACUAUGCAUUAGGCAAAGCGACUAAGGAUAUGCCAGCUGAGAGUUGGUUGUUCGUGGAGAAAGAGAAAAGUCCUGACAUGAUCCACGUUCUACAAUUUCCCUACAAUGGGGAGCCUCCCAAAGGACGCCUGGUUGAGACCGCCAUCACGAGAAACGAAGACCACUUCGUCCGAAAUCACGGUGGUAUCCCGGAGAUUGAUGAAGAUGCGUAUUUCUUCGACGUCGCGGGACUCGUCAAUACGCCGAAACGAAUCACUAUGGCAGAAUUGAAGAACGAGGAUCUCUUCCCGAGACAAAGCACCACCGUGACAAUUCAGUGUUCCGGGACUAGAAGAAUUGAGCAAAUCCGUGAGUAUCCCGGCGACGGAGACGAGCUGAUCAAUGCCCCUUGGGCAGAAGGUGCUAUCGGAACCGCAAAAUGGACUGGUGUCUCCCUCAAGAAAGUAAUUAAAUACUGCGGUGGCCUUAAAGACCCUUCCGCAGCCCCGCACCUCGAAUUCCUCGGCGCAGACACCUAUUUUAAAAAAGGCGAAGUCUACAACUAUGCUGUCUCCGUACCCUGGCGAAAAGUCAAGAUAAACGAAGUGCUACUAGCAUGGGAAAUGAACGGUGAACCGUUGCCCAAAAUACACGGCUUCCCGUUGCGCGCUGUAGUUUUCGGCUAUAUUGGCGCAAGGUCUUGCAAGUGGUUGACGAGGAUCAAUGUCAUUUCUGGUCCGUCUAUGGGGCCAGUACAGCAGAAGGAGUAUCUCUAUUAUAAUUCGCAGGUUGGGAAGCAUAAUGCAACGUAUUCUUCGGGGUUCAGUAUUCAGGACAUGCCGGUUAGUUCUGCUAUUAUGACUCCCCUGGAUUUGGAUCAGAUUAUCCACGAAGGUACGAUUAAGUUGAGAGGAUGGGCGUAUUCAGGAGGAGGGCAUUGGCCUGUCAGAGUCGAGGUCAGUGGUGAUGGAGGAAGUAUCUGGUAUGAGGUGCCGUAUCAGAACUUGUCGGAAAAGUAUUACCAUGCUUGGAGAUUGUGGGAGAUUGAUCUACCAGUUGAUGCAGAGGGCUGGUUGGAAUUAGUAGUGAGGUGUUGGGACAAUUCACUGAAUACUCAGCCUACAUUUGUCAGGUCUACUUGGAACUGGGAUCUUCACGUCACUUCAUCGUGCCAUCGAAUCAAGGUCUUUAGCAUAAACAAAAGCAGACCAAACACAGCUGCCCGGCUGAAGAAAUUUGAAGAUCUAGGUGUCCCUUUUCUGCCGAUUACACAUCCCGGGGAAGAUGACUUGGAGGAUGAGGAGAAAUAUAUAAGUGAGAUGGAAAAUAGGGGCGGUCGGGAUCCGCUGGAAUAG